CUUAGUCCUUGCAUUGCCCUCGGAUCUAACGGCCCAUGGCGGUGAACGUGCCGGUGGAGGUUGUGGGCGCUGGGAGUGGAGGAAUCCCAGAGCUACAGCCGUGGAUUGAUGAAGCAUCAGUGCAGUGGGCACUGCUCCAGUUCAGUGUUGGACAGGGGACUUGGGCGCGGCAGCGAACACUUUUCCUGCAUAUCAAUGGCGAAAAGUGUCCAGCAGUCGCACGGGGCCGUGCCAAUGAGCUGACAGCAGAGGUUCAGCAGCUGCUGCGGGAGGGCUUUGAGGGGGAGGCCUUCCACGCCUCGCUGGAGGUGAAGACCUCGGAGGAGGUGACCACCGAGAACUUGCUCAAGCGCGUGCUGCCCUUCUUCACCGUGGAUGGAUCAGAGGCGUACUCGGUGCAGUGGCUGCAGUCGCAGUACGAGCAGCAGAUCAGCGCUGCGAAGACGGGGACACGAAAAUCCACCGCUGCACCCGCGUCCGAAGCCCCAAUUUCAGCCACAAAAAGGGGGACUAUGUACGAGUUGUGUCACACAUCCUUCAAGAGCGGCCGGGAUGCCUUGAAGGCAGUGGCUGAACCUAUGGGGGCCUGGAAUUGGGCCUUCUUCACAGCCGGGACAGAGCUGACGGUGGUGGACGGGGGCAUCGGCAGUGUCGAUGAGAUGCGCAAAUGCUAUGAAGACCAUCCUGGGGAAGUUCUCUUCGGCUUGCUACGGUUGGGCUUUGGCGAGGGCCGGCUGCGAAGGACGAAGUAUGUGUUCAUCCAUGCCACUGGCGAGAAGGUUGGAGCGGUGGCACGGGGCCGCCUAGCAGCUGAAAGGCCCAAGAUGGAGGAGGUGCUGGGCAGCUGCGCCAGCAUCUCCGCGACCAUGGAGCUGAUGCGCAGCUCUGACCUCACUCUCCAGGAGGUCAUGGACCGGGUGAGACGUGCAGCGGUCGUGGAUGAUGAUGUGCUGGACAGAGACCGGGGUACACCAUCCGUUUUCUCAGUGGAAGCUUUUCAACGGGCGCUCCAGGAAGAGAAGAAGGCCCGCAUGGACGAGAUACGAGCACAGCGAAGAAGCAGUGGUAGCGCUGCCUUGCCCAUGGCGGAAUGGUCGGAACGCUCUGUGGAGGAGGUGGUCUCUUUAUUUCGCCGGGCUGAUGGGCCGCUGAAUUGGGUGCUUUUUGCGCCGGAAACCAACUGGCUGAUCCGGCGUCGGACCAUGCGCAGCACACAGGCAUCGCUGGUGCCAAGCCAAAUCCUCACUCCUAGUGGCGGCUAUUUGAAAGCUGCUUCAAGAAGUUCAAGCCGGGCAAGCACGCCCGUCAAGCAAAGGCCAGGCGACCAGGACGAAGUGACCGACCCAGCUGAUGCUGUCACUGAGCUGGGCCCAGUUCUGCCUGCAGUCGGAGCCGCUGACGGCUCGGAGAGCCCUCCUCGCACGCCGGUGAAGACAAAGGAGCCCAAGGAGGAGAGGCAUACAGACGUGCCGACAGAGAAUGACAUUCAGGAACUGAGCUGCAAGUCCACGGCUGCCGAUGGUCCUUGGACUCCAGAGCAGGACGACUUGCCGCGGCGAUUCAGCACAAACGGAUCGGAAGAUGAGGAGGACAGAGAGGAGGACAGAGAGGAGGAGAUGAGGUUGGCUCCAAAGUCAAGCCUCAAGUUACUUCCAGAUGUAUCACCUCCUGAGCUGCGACUCUCCGGACCCUUGCUCAAGCAGUCAAGUGCUUGGCAUGGUCUUUUGCAGCUACGGUGGUUCCAGAUUCGAGGAGGGCACUUGCUGUGGUGGCAGACGCCCACGCUGGUGGACUGCCCGCCAUCUGGGUCCGUGGAGCUCAGGGGCAUGAAGGUGCAGCGCAAAGACACCACCAAGUUUACGCUGACAACGAGCACGGGCAAGGACAAGGUCUAUCUGUUGGACUCGGACUGCGCCUCGGCGGCCCGCGAGGCACGCUGGGUGGCGCCGUACACAGGAUGGCCCACUGCGGACAGCUGGGUGCAGGCCUUGGAGCAGGAGUGCAUCCUCCACCGGAAGACCAUUGCAGCGGUUGAUGCAAAUUCUAUGGCGUCAGCUGGCAGGGAUUUGCUGCGCUCUUUGUUCAAUUGAGGCGAGCAGGGGUGCAGCAGUGCAGCCCGGGAGUACUUUGUUUGUGUUUUUUGCGUCCCAGAGGUGUUUGGAUGCUUAAG